GAUCCUCAUCAAGUACAAAGAGCAAGAACAUCUGGUUACAAUGUAAUCUUAACCGAUGUUGAUGACCUGUACCUUGACCUUGUUCAAUUCGUUGAAGAACAUCAAAAUGAAGCACCAUUUAUUCUCAUUCAAUUAUUGGAAGAACAACAUGCAGAAUUAUUUGAUAGUCUUCUUCGAUCUGCAGAAGAAUGUCAAAAAAUCAAUGAGCAUCUAAUUUCAACUACAUAUUUUAUGAUAUUAUAUUUUUAUUGA